GUCGUCUUUUGCAUCACGACACAAGGGCUAAGAAAACAGCACAUUUGGUGAUCUUCAACGCAACCGACAGGCCCUCGCUACGCAGUAUUUUCUCCAGCACUCAUCCUAAUCUUGGGAUCGCGCACAUACCGGUAUCACCGUAAGUCGACAUGAGCGUUCUCGUAUCAGGGCCAUGCUGCAGCGUAUCUGAACAAACAGCGCGUAGGGCUAAGCAGCCCGAAAGGCGGGUUGUCGCCCAGCAAGCAGCAUCGCCUUUGGCAAGCAGCUGGCGUCACUCUCCGCUACAUGAGCCGCUUCUGCGGCGGCCAGCUUUAAGUCGAAAUAACUUGCCGGCGCGUGGAGCACAGCUUUUGCCAUCUGCAGCCUCAUCCGCCAUAGAGGCGUCUACGCAAGCGCCUUCAUCUUCGCAAACAUCAAAAUGCCCCGUCCACCAGCUUUCAAAUGUCCUUUCGGGGGCUUCCGCGAAUGCCGUCUCUGCAACAUCUGCCGUCAUCGCCCCAACCGCUGCCCCGGCUGCCUUGCGCCCUAUUCCGGGGCCGCCGCCGCUUAGCCUUGAAGCGCUAAAGGACGUAAGCAUUAUAUUCUUUGAGGGCCUCCAUGUCGCCAUGUUGCGGUUCAGUCAGAAAUACGGCCCCAUCUGCAGGUUCGCCAACCCCGCCUCCCUCAACGGCGCCACCUCCUGGGUCUUCCUCAACUCCCCGGACGCCAUCCAACACGUGGCCGCAUCCAAUGUGCGCAACUACGGCCGCCGCUACCUGCCCGACAUAUACGCCUACGUCACACACGGCAAGGGGCUGCUGGGGUCGCAGGAUGAGUACAACGCGCGGCACCGGCGGCUGUGCUCCGGCCCCUUCCGCAACCGGGCCCAGCUGCAGCGCUUCUCGUCCGUGGUGGUGGACAGGUCUCAGCGCCUGGCCGACAUCUGGCUCUCCGCAGCCACCGCAGCCACCGCAGGCGGGGCAGCAGGUGCAGGUGCAGGGCCAGGCAGCCUAGUCACCGACAUCUCCACCCAGACGCAGCGGCUCACACUGGACAUUGUGGGUCUGGUGGCGUUCAGUCACGACUUCGGGCAGGUGGAGCGGGUGCGCAG